AGAAGGGAGUAACCUGUUAUCUGCUCGCUCCAAAGCAGAGCGGAAUUUCCCAGCAAACUCAGAAGAUAUUAACAAGCAGCCUUUGUGUAAAAAACUGUGAGGAUAGAUAGAUAACGGGGCAGGGAAAAGUUUCUUCUUUCCUUCAGCCCUGAUGCAACCCAGAAGGAGGGACCAACUUGUAGGAUGCUCACGUAUGCUUUACUGCUGAUGGAAAAAUACUAAGUGGGUUGGUUCUGAGUUGUUUUCUGUCGAUGGAAAAUUACUGAGUGGGUUGGUUUUGAGUGUUUUUUCUGCUAGUGGGAAGGUACCAGAUGGGAGGGUUUUUAAGUUAUGUAUAUAUACUGGUGAUUUUGUGAAGAGAGUCGGAUUGUCCGGAGAUUUUGAAGAGCUGCUGCGGAGAUUUUGCAGAGACUUCUACAGAUUUUCUACGGAGACUUAGAGAAAACUUUUUUCUCUUAGUUUUUAUAGAACUUCAUCCCUCUUACUGGGAUAGAUUUUGCCCGUUUGCCAAGGGAGAUUUACUUUUUAUUGAAGAAAACUUAGACCGCGAAAGCGGAAAGCACUCCUUGUGAGAAAACUUUUACUUUAUACUUAUUUCUUAUAUUCAGCUUUUAGCCCUCACUGAAAGGGAAGCCCCAAAAGGGAAUUUUAUUCUUUUUUCUUUCUUUUUAUUUUAUUUUUUCUGUAUUUUACCAAUAAAAGAAAACUUGAAUAAAAGGGUUAUAGUUAACUUUGGUUAACUUCCCAACCAAACUUAUUUCUCUUAUAUUUGUCCACAUCCACUGAGGAGAGGAGAGGACAACACAACGAGCAGGUGAGCCCCAGAUUCCCCAAUGCCCGAAGAGACAUAAGAAUUCGCUAGGUUAUUAUUUCGAUACCAGGUAGUUAUCCUGUUAGGACGAUAGUACGGUAGCUUCAUACUCCUAGACCCAAAGGCUGGCUUAGCUACCUGAAUAACUCCUCAGGCCUAUCUCCGCAUGAGCGGACGAUAAUAAUCAGGAAUUCUAAAGGGGUAAAAUUGCUUAUUCUCGCACCGAAAGAAUGGAGGUGGAAAGGUUCGCCCAUCACUUCGCGACUGGAGUCUCACCGGUCGUUAAAGAUCCAAGAGAGGAAACAACAGGACGUCAGCCUGAAAGGUCGGUCAAAGAACUGGCAAUAGGGUAAAUAUUCGUCACCGGUUUCAACACUAACUAUUUCCUAACUAUUUCCAGCAACUUGGUCACAAUUCAGCACGCGCUAAGGAAAUCACGGCGUCGAUAACGCGUUUUAUCGCAAAGGGAUUAUGUCCUUACAAUAUAGUUGAGUGGGAAGGAUUUCAGGAUUUGAUUCAUAGGACUUGCCACUGCUGUCAUCUCUGGCUAAAAGAUAUCUCUACAUCCCGGCCACCAGUGUGGCAUCUGAGCGGGUUUUCAGUACUGCCGGAGAUAUUGUUUCCACAAAGCGCAGUCUACUCAAACAUGAGCAUGUGGAUCAGUUGAUUUUCCUUAAGAAAGAUCUGCCCUCCAAAAGAACAGUGGACAGUGAUGAUGGAUAAGAAGCAGUCUGGGAAAAAGCACAGGCACACUGUAGGUGAACCACUUUACUGUGUGUGAUGUAAAAGAAAUAAUGAUUUUUUUACUUGUCAAACUUAACUGCCAUGUGAGAAUAUAAAUGUAGAGCAGCACUUUGGAUCAGAUUACCUUUCCCAGGUCAAAAGGCAGCCGUUUGAUUUAUUUUAUUAUCUUUAAUCUUUUACAUAAAGCUGACUGUGUGUUAAACUUUGUUGAGAAUAAGAAGGUGGUUUCUGCUUUGUCUCCACUUUGGUUCUCCAGGCCUGAGGCCAAAUUUUGAGAUUAACCCCAGUCUUCGUUAUAAGGUUUGCACAGUUUUGUUUAUAGGUGUGUAACUUGUUUACACCUUUGUGGUACCUACCUCUAGCGUUGAAAACACUAUGCUCAGGCUGAAAUGUUGCACGUUGUUGUUACUAUUCUGUGCUACUUUUACCUCUGGAGUUCCCAUCCAAUAAUUCAGCCAGAAUGUGUUUUUUUGUUCCAUGUCUAAAAAUAAAGACAUUGACAUGUGAUUUUGUUUUUUGUUGUUUUUUAUUUUUAUUUUUCUGCCAGUGCCAUAAAGCCACAGUGCUUGGGGAUUUGUAGUCUUUUACAUAUUUAAUGGAAUUAAUUUAUUUAUUUUAUAAAAUAUCUACAACAGAUAUUAACUGUAGAAUCAAAUCGUAUCGUUCUUACACUAUUAAAUCGAUUUGUGUCGAAUCGGUCUGUAAUAAAUGGAUAUUGUUUUUGAAUCAAAUCGUAACCUGUGUAUCUAGAUGCAUAUCGAAUCGUUUAUCACAGAGAGAUGUGCAACCCUAACACACACACACACACACACACACACACACACCUGUACCAUGAAUUUCUGUCUAUUGGUUGAGGUUUAAAGGGGCGGGGUCAGUUAGCAUAUAUUCAAAACAUUUAAGUUAAACAUUUAGAUUUACAUCUUAUUUAGCUUAUUUAGAUUUAAGUUUUAGAUAUAAUAUUUAAUAUUUAAAUAUAAGAAUUAGCGUUUAGAUAUAACAUAAUAUUUAGACUUAGAUUUAAACAUUUAGAUUUAAAAUAUAGAUUAUGAUUUAAAAUUCAACAUUCACAUAUAUUAAGAUGUAAAUAUAAGAUAUAACAUUUGGAUAUACUGUAACAUAAAGCAUUUAGAUUAAAUAUUUAGUUUUAAUGUUCUAUUUGACCCGUGUAUAUGUUAUUAACAGUUAUGUUAAAUGUAGGAAAAAUGUGUUAAAUGUGAGAAAAGUAAGACAAAUAAUUUUAAAAUUUGUCAGCUACAACUUUUAUACUCAAGUUUUACACUCGGCACCUCAUACGCUCUUUUAUUUGUAAUUUCCCAUUUAUGGUGAAGUAAACACUUUAAAAAUAAAAAAAUGAGGCUUCAUUGCACAUCUUUAUUAUUAUUUUGUGUUUUCAUUCAUCUGUUUGUUGUUCUGUUUGUACUUUUUCCUCAUGUUUCUCCUCUGUGUCGGUUUGUACACGGUCUCUAACUCAGGACCAUUUAUGGGCUUUUAGCUGCAACUUCACCUGCAUUUUACCUGAUCUUUAUCUACACGAGGAAACAGUAAACUGGGAGCAUGGCUGCUUAUUUACUGGUCAAACAGGUGAUGGAUGAAGAUGAUCUGGUGAUUUUUAGUAUCAGUUCUGGCCUCCAGCAGCUCCUGUAAAAUCCCCUCCUCCUACAGCAGGUUAGUUCAUGUCCAGAUGGAGGGAAGACGUCUCUGUUUAGGACAUAUUGGACGUCCCUGUACAGCAGACAUGUUGAAGAGUUCCUCUCUGAUCUGUGUUGUUUCCUCUCCUGCAGGACAGACAAACAUCACAGCUGAACCUGGACAUGACGUCUCUCUGCCAUGUAGAGCUGGACAUGAUGGAGACAUCACAUCUGUGGACUGGAUCAGACCUGAUCUGGAUCCAGAAUAUGUUCUUUUGUAUAGAGAUGGACGUUUUUAUCUCUCCCACCAGCAUCCAUCUUUCCAGAACCGGGUGGAUCUUCAGGACAGACAGAUGAAGGAUGGAGACGUGUCUCUGAUUCUGAAGAAUCUGAUGACUAAUGAUACAGGAACAUACGAAUGUAGAGUCUUACAGAAAGGAACAAACACCGUGUUUACAGAGUCCAUCAUCCAUCUGGAAGUUUCUCCAUCAGGUACAACACAGGAUGGAAGGAACCAGGAUGGAGGAGACAAGGAUGGAGGACAUUAUAGACUGAUUGUGGGUCUGUCAGCUGGAGUGAUCAUUGUGAUGGUUCUUGGUUUCUGGAUCUAUAAAAGAGUCCAGAAGAAGAACUCGGCUCCAUCAAGCAGCAGCUUCAUCAGCAGAGAUGAAGGAGAAAAUGAAAGUGAGGCCAACAUUUUAUGUGUGGAAGCACCAACAGAUCAGGAGAAACACCAAAACUCUUCACUGGUUUCAGCUGCGAUUUCCAGCCGAGACUGAAGAGAAAAUGAUUGAUUUAGUAAAAAGUGCAGCUUCUGAAAACAGAAGUAAAAAGUCUCAAAUGUAACCUGCUGCAUUUCAGACCCGAGUAGCUUCUGUUUCAGUGUUUAACAAAUUUACUUGAACUCUUCAACUUCAGUGUUUUUAUAUAUUUAUAUAUUUAUAUAUUUAUAUAUUUAUAUCACAUGACAUGAACAUAUUCAGUUUUUUCUUGUUCUGUUGGAUGUGUUCACCGUUGUGCUGCUACUGUUUGUUCUGAGUGAAUUUAAUAAAAACUAUUUAUAUAAAAGUAAAAA